UCUCUGCAGUCCAGCUACAGGGACAGAGCUCACACCAAACCUCACACCAUUCUUCAAACCUCCAGUGGCCUUAGAGGGACUCAUUCAGCUUUACUGCUUCACUGGGACAUUAAACAGCAGUAACAGGAGGUCCCUGAUCAACUGAGCAGAAGAAGGGUGAUCUAAUAUCAGAUAAACUGGCCUGCUUCCCAGCUCAUUAUUACUUUUGGUACGCGCUAGGCCUGCCUCAAACUCGUACCGUGAGUAAUAAUGCACUGUGGCAGGCAUUAAGCUACCUGACACUGCAGCUACAGCUCUGGAGUCCAGGAAAAAGGAGCAUCAUGAAGACUGCAAUUUACAUGUGAUUUUUACUGUUUGGACAUUUACUAUUUGUUUUUAAUGAAUGAGUGCAUGAAAUAACAAUUACUGGUGAUACUGUAUACUGUAGGAGAUAUGGGUUUUUAAUGUUGAGACAUAUGUCCUGUGGGAUUUCUGUGCAGUUUUGUUUGCAGGUAACUUGUACAUUGCAUUAUAAAAUUGAGCUUCAGUUCAAUACAAAAUCAUAUAUUAUUAUUAUUAUUAUUAUUAUUAUUAUUAUUAGUAGUAGUAGUAAUAGUAGUAGUAGUAGUAGUAGUAGUAGUAGUAUAGUGACAGAUAUACCUAUUUCUAACAAACUAAUUCUAAUUGUAUUUUAACAUUUUAAUAUUUUUAUCUAUAGGUUGUGUGUUAUAUAUAGGUUGUGUUUUAAUACAUAUUUAAGAAUUAAUUAUUUGUGACUGGAUGGGUUAUCUGAUAUCUAAUUCCGUUCUAGAUUUGGUGUUUUAUAUUCUUUACUAAAUGAAGUUUAUGCCAGCAACGUAUCAUUAAAGCACAAUGAACACAGACAGUACGCUGUGUUAGUAAACAGCGCCCUCCUCUGGAACACAACUUAAAACGCUAUUGUGCGGUUUCUCAUUCUAGAUUCCCAAAACGGUCAUUACGUCACAUAGUUACACUGUUGAUGGCAACAGUGACAAACUCAACCAGACAAACUCAGCUGUGCUGCACUGGUGUUUAAUUAGCGGUUAAUUAAGCAAUAAACAUGGACGCUGAGUGUUUAGAUGCGGGAAUAAACAUGGAGCAGAAUCAGCCUGAUCAAAACAUCAACGUGAAAACAAACGACGUUUACAGGGUGAAUGAAAAUCUGCCCAAACGUUUCAACAAUCCCGACUGCUUUAAAGGUUACAGUAAGAAGAGGAUCCACCUGCUGUACCAAACCACCAGCCAGACAUAUGGUAGCAGAAAACCUACAGUUCAUGAAAUGCCGACAUCCUUUCAUGGCCGUCAGAACCGGUUUUCAGACCACAUCAUGAAAAGUGGAAUGUCUCGCGAUAGCGGCAUCAACACAUGGCUGGAGAAGAGUCGCAUCACCGGGCCAAAUGCCAUCAACAUUAUGCACGACAGAAUCAUUUUCCAUCGUUUAUGCCACACUGCAGGAAACGAUCAAACAGAUACUAACAAGAUUUGAGACUAAUACAUUGUUUUGGCCUGUAAUGAAUAAAAUGCUUUUUAAUGAA